AUCCCUCACUCACUCACCCUACAGCCUACAAUACAAUACAAUCAUCGAAUCCAAAAUUUAUGUGGGCGAAAAACAAAACCAAUUAUUAAUUAUUAUUAUUAUUAUAAUUAUUAUUAAGGGAAAAAGAAUAGAAUAGAGUGAUCGAUUAGAUUUGAUUUGGUGCGUUGUUGUUGUUAUUGCGUAUGGUGAAUGAGUGAGUAUUGAAGAAGAAGAAGAAGAAGAAGAAGAAGAAGAAAAUAAUGGAAGAUUCAAGAGGAGAAGAAGAGAAGAUUGAAGAAUCAGUGGGUAGCGUAUUGGAAGAAGCAAAAGAGCUUCAAGAUUCAAUCUCAGCUCACAUCUCUAAAACUAAUAGCGACGAACAGCCACUUCGACAAAGAUCCCUUCGUCUCGACUCUAAAAUUCAUUCACUUCGUUCUUCUCUCGAUUCUCUCCUUUCAAAUAAACUCAUCAAUCCAUCACUUGCCGAUAAGUUAGAUGAAGAUUUACAAAGAGCCAGAUGUAUCAUUGUUGAUGGAGAUGCUUCUUCUCUCCUUCCAGGACAUGCUCAGGGUAAGUUUCUCAGAAUGUUUUUGGGUCCUAUUAAUGUUCGUGCCUCUCGCAAAGAUGUUCAGCUCAAGGUCAAAGAGGAAUACAACAGUUACAGGGAUAGAACUGCUCUGCUAUUCCUGAUUUUUCCGGCAGCACUUCUUAUUCUAAGAUCUUGGCUUUGGGAGGGAUGCUUGCCGGCUUUCCCAGUACAGAUUUACCAGGCCUGGCUGCUAUUUCUUUACACUGGUUUGGCAUUGCGAGAGAACAUAUUGAGAGUAAAUGGAAGUGAUAUUCGUCCAUGGUGGAUAUACCAUCAUUAUUGUGCCAUGAUAAUGGCCCUUGUGAGUCUCACUUGGGAAAUAAAAGGACAACCAGACUGUGCAAAAAAGCAGAGAGGUGUACAACUUUUCCUACAGUGGGCUAUGAUGCAAGGAGUCGCAAUGCUUUUGCAAAAUAGAUAUCAACGGCAAAGACUUUAUACUCGUAUUGCAUUGGGAAAGGCUAAGAGGAUGGAUGUUGUAUGGGGAGAAACAGCUGGUGUGGACGGCCAACUGUGGUUGCUGUGUCCCAUACUUUUCAUAUUGCAGGGAUUUGAGGCAUAUGUUGGACUAUUGUUGCUCAAAACUGCAUUUGUUGGGGUGGUUUCUGAAUGGCAGGUAAUAUUUUGCGGUCUCCUGUUGGUCAUAAUGGCCAUUGGGAACUUUCAAAAUACUGUACAGACUCUGAUGGUAAAGUCAAGAUUUAAGGCAAAGAUGAGAAGAACCAGGAGCAAGCAGAGUCUGAAUUAGCAAGUUGCGACUUCUUGAGCUUUUGAUAGGAUCAGGAUUUUUUUUUUUGCUCACUUUUAAGUUUUGACCACUGUGCAUGUCUAGUGAUAAUUUUUGGUUUUGUUGUAGCAUCAAACAUUUAAUGCGUCUAAAACGUAAAUUUGGAUUCUGAUUUUUUUUUCUUGACAAAAGGAUUCUGAUAUUUAUAAGCAUAUUGUUUUACAAGUUCUA